CUCUCUCUCUCUCUCUGUUUAUUAGUUUAUAUAAGCCUGCGGCCUGCCUACUUUGUCUCAGAGAAACUCAGACCCAUUUUCCUAGGUCGCUAGCUAGGAGCGAGCUAAUCUUGCAGCGAGAAAAAAGAAAGCUUGGCGCAAAUCACCUCCCUCUCUUGCGCUUCAAAUCGUCUUUCGAUCAAUUCUAAGCUCCGCCAGAUGGCAGCCUUUUCAUACCAACAGCCCACUUUUCUUCUCGACUCGGCUAUGCUUCCAAAUUCUCCCGUCAAGAUGCCUGGACUUUUCGAGUUUGGCCUUGGCCUUGGCCUUGGAGACAUCAACGCCACCUGUUUUCCUUAUUUUCCACCUCAACCUCUCCCUGAAUCUUCCAUUGAUAAUCUGGACACCAGCAAAAACGUCAUUCUUAGUGAUAAUGAACCUUCCAUGACUCAGAAACAAAGGUCCUAUUCUUCAUCCUUGGUCGUGGGUCUUGAAAGUGGCGAUCAGGUCACUCAGGACGAGACCCAGAAAAUGGACAAGAGGAAGAAGAAGAAGAACGGAGAUGGGUCCUGCUCGAAUUUCGCUGAAUCGUCCAAGGAUGUAAGAGAAGGCAAAAGCAAGAGACAGAGAAAAUGCAGUAGUGCCUCCAAAGAUGCAGAAGAAGAUAAGCGCAGAGCUGAUAAGAAAGUCGGUGAAGAGGCUCCAACUGGCUACAUUCAUGUGAGAGCGAGGAGAGGUCAAGCAACAGAUAGCCACAGCCUUGCAGAAAGGGUAAGAAGAGAGAAAAUCAGUGAGAGGAUGAAGAUGUUGCAAGGUCUUGUUCCUGGUUGUGACAAGAUAACUGGCAAGGCCCAUAUGUUGGACGAGAUAAUCAACUAUGUGCGGUCCCUACAGAGUCAAGUUGAGUUCCUCUCCAUGAAGCUUGCGUCGGCGAGUCCAAUUUUCUAUGAUUUUGGAGCGGAUUUAGAUGCCUCCCUGCCAAAACCACCAGUGAACUUGGCGCCACCACCAACAACGCAAUCUACGCAAGCAUCCUGCGCUUCUGAGCCCACGGCUUUUAUGGAUUCCACUACUAGUUUCAGCACUAGAAAUAACUACCCUAUCCUGGACAGUUCCAUUGCAGCUGGUUUCCUUGAGCAAGGACAGAGGCCUAAUGCCGAUGCCUUCCCUCAGAAUGGAAAUUUAUUAUGGGAUGUGGAGAAUCAGAUACGAAGCUUUAAUCAUCAAUCCAACUUCAACACCUUUUGUUCUUUCCAGUAAAACAUACAUCUGAGCAACAGCAGUAACAUUAGAAGAACGUCACACUACUUCAAAGCUUUCAGCUGCUUGGUAAAAAGUUGUGACGAAUUGGCUUCUUCGGUGAUUAACAUUGUAGUCGCUGAAGAUCCAAGUUCAGUCGGUCGAUGAUGAAUGGGGGAUGCAUGAAUCUCAUAAUAAAGUCGACAGCAGAAGGCAAGGAAACAGGAUGGAACAUAUAUAUACAACGUUGAUAUGAAAAAAGAUCUCUUGUUGUCGAUUUGACCGCCCAAUUCUGAAUCAUCUGCUGGUUUACUUAGACAUUGAAUGUAGAAAUUAUGUAAUAGUUAAAAAACAUCAAACCCAUGUGAAAUUGUCUUCGUUACUUUUGUAAUUUAUUGUAAUUACCAUUUACCAUUUUCUUUUUUUAAUUUCUCUAUCUUCCUUUUCUCUGGCAACUAUUUGUGUUCGCGACACGCGAGACGUGAAGGAAUGAAAGGUUGUUGCAAUCC